AUGUACGCUCUUAACAGCAACCUGCCCUUUGCGUCCUUUUCCUUCGGCUUUUCCCUUCCCGCCCGAAGUUUUCCCCGUCCUCUUUUCACACGUUACAUCAACCCCGCAGGGUGGCUGCAGCAGAAACCCUCCGAUGCUCUCUUGGCUGACCUGGAGACAACCACCUCCCAUAUCUCCAAACGGCCGGUUCUCCUCACUGAUUCCGGAGGAGCCCUGAACCAAGACAGGGCUCCAGAACCCAAGCCAUCACCUCCACCUUACAAUCCUCAGCAGCAGGGAGGACCAACCAACAUGCCUGUAGAUCCUCUUCCAGCAUCUGCCCUGCAGGGUGGAAGUGACAAGGAACAUCUUUACAGCACUGUCUGCAAGCCACGUUCGCCCAAGCCCAAAGAAGGCGCUCCUCCGCCCUUCUCAUCCUCCAGUGGGGUGCUCGGAGCCGGGCUCUGUGAAUUGGACCGGCUCCUACAGGAACUGAACGCAACCCAGUUCAACAUCACAGAUGAAAUAAUGUCUCAGUUCCCAUCCAACAAAAGCUCUCAUGGGGACAAGCCAGAAGAUUUGCUAGAUGACAGUUCUCUAUCCCGGUUGUCUGCUCCUGCGUCAGCAAAACCAUCUGCCACUUCUGCCACUCUGGAACUGGACAAGCUCAUGGCGUCUCUCUCAGAUUUCCGGGUCCAGAGCAAUCUCCCAGGAGCUACAACCAGCACCAGCACCAGUACCACCACCACCACGGUGUCGCCGCCACCUGCUCCUGCCCGCGUGUCUUCAAUGCAGCUACCGGUGGUCUCGUCCAUUUGUCCCAGCCCGCCGGUCGCACCUCCACAAAUGUCUCCAGCCCAGCCGAGUGGGAACCUGGACAGCAUGCUGGUGAUGCUUGAAUCCGACCUCAGCCGCCAAGGCAUCUCAACCACAGCCAAGGGGCUUUGCGCUUCCUGCCAAAAACCCAUCGCAGGGCAGGUUGUGACAGCCCUGGGGAGCACUUGGCACCCGGAGCAUUUCGUCUGUACCCAUUGUCAGAAGGAGAUGGGAGGCAGCAACUUCUUUGAGAAGGACGGGGCCCCUUACUGUGAGAGGGACUACUUCCAGCUCUUCUCUCCCCGCUGUGGACUCUGCAAUGAACCCAUCCUGGAUAAAAUGGUGACCGCACUGGAUAAGAACUGGCACCCGGAGCAUUUCUGCUGUGUGAAGUGUGGGCGACCUUUUGGGGAGGAAGGCUUUCACGAGAAGGACGGGAAGCAGUAUUGCCGGCAGGACUUCUAUGAGCUGUUCUCCACCCGUUGCCAGGGGUGCAACCUGGCCAUCCUGGAGAACUACAUCUCUGCUCUCAAUGCCCUGUGGCACCCCGAAUGCUUCGUCUGCAGGGUAAGUGGGGACUUGGGAGCAGGAAGGCCGACCACAAGUCAAAAUACAUGUACACAGGAACCGGCAAGAAAGCCAACACAGCCACUCUUGAUUUCAAAACUUUUUGAAAAGGAAAGGAAAAAAACCCCCAGAAAACUGAAAGGAGUUGAAGGUCCAGUUUUUAUAGCUGUGUGUGUAUCUGUUAUGUCCCCCCUGCAGCCCUAAUUUGGAGGUUAUUUA